AUGCCUUCGGUCGAUGUUGCCAUGGUCCGAAGCCUUCGUGGCGGGCUGUGGGAGACCGUGGUGGACACUGUUGCAAGGAGCCUUGCUGCCCAAGUUAUAAAACGAGAUCUUAUCUCUGAUAGUGAGAACAAAGCCUCGGAAAUCAAGCAAGCCUUUUCCAGCUGGGAUGGCUGCAUGGCUCACGUCUAUUGCAAGUGGCCUGCUAUUGCCCUUAUGAUUAUCGGUGGUCUCAUCCUUCUCAGCAUCGUCAUCUGCAUUGUCCGAUGCACCUGCUUGGGCAUGUCCUGCUGCUGCAGCUGCUGCUACUGUCUCAAGUGUUGCGGCAACUGCUGUGGCUGCUGCGAUACCCCCGGUGGAAAGCCCCACAAGCAUCUCGAUGAACCAUACAAUCCCCAGCAAUCUGGAUACGGAGGAUAUCGCCAGGAGGCUCCCAUGGCAGCUCAUUACGCCGAGUUUGACGUCUCUAAGCAUGAUGCUGAUGCCCUUCCCGCCAUGCCAAGCUGGGAAACCGCCAACUCCAAGAAGAUGGUACUCGAAGAGGAGGUCGAGAUGGAUGAUUUGCCGCCGCCCAAGAAAGAGGCUCUCCCUCAACAGAAUCAGGGCAUGAACAGCCCCAGGUUCGGAGGACCUCAGCAGCAACAGCAGCAGCGACGACCCCCGCAACAACAGAGGGCUAUGGGUAGAAAUGACCCGUACAAUCGGCAACAGACCACUUCCCCUGGCCAAAUGAACAACUAUGGCCAGCCUGCUAGCCCAUACGGCGGACACGACCAAGGAUAUGGUGCUCAAAAUCAAGGAUAUGCCGCCCACGAUCAAGGCUACGGUGCUCAUGAUCAGGGUUAUGCCGCUCACGACCAAGGUUAUGGUGCUCACGAUCAAACCUAUGGAGCUCACGAUCAAGGCUACAACGCACACAAUCAAACCUACGGUGGACAUGACCAGGCCUAUGGCGCACACGACCAAGCUUACGGUGGACAUGACCAAGGGUUCAACGAACAUGGACAGAACUAUGGCGCACACGAUCAAAACUACAAUGGGCACGACCAAGGCUACGACAACCACGUGGCGGAUGGAUACGGUGCCCAUCAACCUUAUGAUCAUGCAGCUCCUACCGCAGGCAUGAGAAUGAGCCCUAUUCACCAAUCGCCUACUUCCAGCCAGAAUGGAUUCGGCAUCCCACGACAGAUGACGCCAGGCCCGGCGCACAUGCCGAUUGCGCCUCAGGAGCUUGACGGACACACCUCGCCAGACCACUAUGGCGCUGAUCCCAAUAUGCGAAAGUCUCCUGGUCCCGGCCUGAACCAAAGACAGUCCCCAGGCCCUCAGAGUGACUUUGGCAUCGCCCCGCAAAACAAGCCGGUCCCUUACAGGACGUAUACUCCGGCGCCGCAGAAGGCCGCUACCGAAGCUCCUGUCGCUCCUCCUCCCAUCGCCAACAAUGGGGGAUUCGACUUCAGCUCGGGCUAUUCCCGUCCUCAGACCCGAGAGGGACCCAACUACGAUCGCCGCCCCAGCGAAUCUCACGAGCGUGAGGACCACGAGGGAUACCCAGGCUACAAGCCCUACAGCCCGUCCCCUCAGAACUGGACCGGUGUCUAG